CACGAUCACGAAAUCAGUACCACCUAUACGCUAGGGGAAUUGUGGGAAUUCGGCAACGGAAUAGACGACAAUCCCAUUCUGAUUGCUGUUCUGGGACGGGUGUACGACGUUUCGGCUGGGGAACGCUUUUACGGCGAAACUGGCCCGUACCACGUCUUUGCCGGACGCGACGUCACCUACGCUCUAGGG